GGUUUUACGUCUUUACGGUUUUACGUCUUUACGGUUUUACGUCUUUACGGUUUUACGUCUUUACGGUUUUACGUCUUUACGGUUUUACGUCUUUACGGUUUUACGUCUUCAGAACGAUAUGAUUGAUUCGUCUAAUAUAAUUCGUUUGUCGAUUGAAGAUAUCGGUAAUAACCAAUUUAAUUUCGAUUACCUUCAGCAGCACGAACAAGCUAUUUUGUUUGAAUUCAUCUAUUCAAAAAUUAAAAACUCAUUACGAAACGGUUUAGAAAUUUCAAUCAGUAAUCUAAUUUCAAAAUUGUUUGUACAGCAGUAGGUGUCAUUUGGUCCAAGUGGUGACCAGGCAUAUGAUUAUUUGUUAAAAACAUUGAAAUUACACCCGAAGAAUACUCAUUUAAAAGCUGAUUUGUUCCUGGACUAUCUAGGUAACAUUGUCAUACGAAAUUAUAUAUUUGUUCCAUCUGAUCAAUUUACACUCUAUCAAGUUCAUCCAAUGCCAUUGUUUAUCUCAAAUAAUACAGUGAUUCAGCUGGACAGAAUUCCAGCAUUAAUAGCAUUGUCAUCGUCAGGCAAAUAUAUGGAAUGGUCAAAACCGCCAUCAACUAUUGAAUGUUCAUUGGGAACUGUUCGUCUAUCAGAAGAUAUAUGGAGUUUUUCAUUUCUUGGCAAUGAUGAAAAACGUAAAAGAAUCCAAACAAUUCUAAAGACUGGAGUUAUAAAACUUGAUGGUUCUAAACAUUUUCAUUGUGCUCAUUAUUCUUAUUAUGGCGGCUCAACAUGCAAUACCACAAAAAUAUAUUUGUGGCCUGUCAAUGGUGGGUUGAAAUUAGAAUUGAAUGAAAACUCAAUUAAUGAAUUAACAUCACAAUUGAAAAAUUUAAGUCUUACGGAAACUUCGGCUGAUUUACUCGAUGGUUUAAGGAAAAAAAUUGCUGAUACAAAAUUAUAUUCGGACGUCUGGCUAUAUGGUGGUAUUAGAGUAAGUUUUCAAUGA